AUGUCACAUAAGGUCGAGCUUGACCGCAGAAGCAUCAAGAAGCGGAUACUCCAGCUCGACUGUGCCGGCAAACUGCCUCCUCACGCCGGCCGGCUGCCAGCAGCCGUCGCGGCCCGUGGCGCCGGCCAGAAGGUGUGUGGUGACGGCACCGUGGCAGGAGUGCGGAGAAGAGCUCGCCGAACGCGAGCAGCGGAAGGCCGAAGUGUGCCAGCGCGAGAGCCUCGCGAACGGGUGCAGAAGGAGCUCGCCGUGACACGAUGCCGGGCGGUGGUGGUGCUCUGGCGGCUGUGCACAGUGGGAAAGGUCAGGCUGCAACAGCGUAGCACGAUGGUAGUGCCCCGCUGCAGCCUGGCCUGA